AUGACCAAACUCUUGGUGACGCUCGCCUCGAGCACGGCCGGGGUUUUUAUCCUGGCCUACUUGGCAACGAUGGUCUACAUCUACCAGGACAUGAACUCGCUCUACGCCGACAUCAUGAGUGAUAUGAUUGAAUUCCGAAACAAUGCGGACGACGCCUGGAAAGGGAUGUAUGUUCUAUCGUCUUCGUCUUCGGAGAGGAUAAAGAGAAAUGCCGGCUGUGCUUGCCAGCGGAACAACUGCCCUCCAGGACCACCUGGCGCAGCCGGAGAGAAGGGUGAGAGAGGCGAAGAUGGGGAGAACGGAAAGAAAGGCAGACCGGGAGCACCUGGAAUAGCGCUGAUUGGCGACUUCCCCAAGAAAGGAGGCUGUAUCCAAUGUCCUCCGGGAAGAACUGGACCUCCAGGCUUGCCGGGGCCCGUGGGACUGCCCGGACCAAAUGGAUAUCCCGGCCUGAGAGGUCAGCCCGGCAUUGAUGCCUAUCAAGGACCACCUGGACCAGAGGGAGAUGCAGGGCCGGAGGGAGAAAGAGGAACACCGGGAAGACCUGGAAUCCAUGGAUUGGAUGGGACCAGGGCGGUGCCACAACUGGGUCCCCCAGGUCCUAUUGGCCCUCAGGGCUUGCCUGGACAUCCAGGAAGACAAGGCAACUAUGCUGUACCCGGAGAACAAGGGCCUCCAGGAGAAGAAGGGCCAAUUGGAGAACCCGGUCUAGAUGGACGAGAUGGUAGACCGGCCGAAGAUGGAGCGCCUGGACUGACUGGAAAGGACGGAGGAUACUGCCCCUGUCCUCGCAGGGCCAGUGGAUUCGGCUCGGUUCAUCCGGAUUCGGCCCCAGGGACAUAUCGGAAACGGUUCUUCAAAUAG